UCAUCAGUCAGUCGCUAACGGUACCGUAAAAGUGUUUGUCGUCUUUAUUUGCGCAAAAUAAACACGAAUAUACUAAAGAUAAUCGCGAAAUAUCAGCUACUUGUACAAUAGUUAUCUUAUCACACAUUUUGGUGGAUAAAUCGAUCAUGUUCAAUCAUCACUGUGCCUUGUUUACGGCUGUGUUAUGAUGUGCUACUUAGCUUAAUUAUUUUAACAUUUUAUAAUAUUUACUGUUGACUUUUUGAGUGAAAAUGCCUGGACAGAGAGAAACUGCCGUUUCGAUGCCGCUGACACCGUCGCGGUCCGAUUUGUAUUGGCGAAGAAUUUUUGAAAAGUACGACAAAGACAAAGAUGGGCGAAUCUCCUACGUGGAGCUCAAAGAGAUCAUCAAUUCGAGAGAAUACGAACACGAUUUACCAGAUAACGUGGUGGACAAGAUCAUGAGCCUCGCAGACAGAGAUAACUCCGGGUACCUGGACUUCAAUGAGUUUGUCGCUAUGAUGCAUAACCCUGACUUGAAGGCGGUGUUUGGGCACUUUGUAGCAAGAUAUGUGCAUUCCAUCAUACCGCAGCGGGGACCUGUGGAUACGACAGGACCCUGGACAGGUUUCCGGGCUGUAUCGACAAGUGAUCACGCCCGUAGCAAAUCUUACUUCACAUACACAGACGGGACUUAUGAAGAGGAGUACAGCUGUUGGCCGCCGGCUGUCUGCAUGAUCCUCAUCUCCUUGGUGGAGAUCGUUCUGUUCUGUUACGACGCUGCUGAGGGGAACACUCAGGCCAACGGGACUAUUGCCAAGCUGUUCAUUUACAACCCACACAAGAGGCAGGAAGCAUGGAGGUUUAUUACCUAUAUGCUGGUGCAUGUCGGCGUGGUACACCUCCUAGUCAAUCUCCUAGUGCAGCUGUUCCUAGGAGUUCCUCUAGAAAUGGUGCAUCGCUGGUGGCGAGUCACCCUGGUCUACCUGGCCGGAGUGGCUGCAGGGUCACUGGCUACCAGCCUGACAGAUCCGAAGGUGUAUUUAGCGGGCGCUUCGGGAGGCGUGUAUGCGUUAAUCGCUGCUCAUGUGGCCACUAUUAUUAUGAACUGGUCAGAAAUGGAGUUCGCGAUAAUCCAGCUACUAGUGUUCCUAUUACUGGCAGCUGUGGACAUCGGCACCGCGGUGUAUGACCGGUACUGGAGUCAUUUGAACCAGAACAUUGGAUAUGUUGCACAUUUGGCUGGCGCUCUUGCUGGCCUCCUAGUCGGUAUCGGGGUUCUCCGUAACCUAGAGAAGAGGAAAUGGGAGAAGCGGUUAUGGUGGGCGGCAGUCCUUCUCUACUGUUCUCUUAUGCUCGCCGGUAUUCUAGCCAACAUCUUCUGGACUGCCAGAUUCCAGCAUUAGCUAUAUGACGUCACUAAGGCUGAACUGUUGGUAGCUGAAGACAGGCUUCUAGGGUAUGAGAAGAGCUUUUUUAAAAGGGUCGUUAGUGGACAGGUGCAAGGUUUUUUUGAAAGGUUCGUAAAGGAAAAUAGAGGCUGAUUUCUUCAGUAUGUGCCUAUUUGAUGGACACGAAAAUGUAUAACAAUGUGAACGGAGCUCUCUUAGCUUAAUCGAAAGAGUUAUUAAUGUAUGUGGCCUGCAUAAUGUGGUUUUAAAGUAUUAGCUUAUACACAAUUUAAUUACUUUACAGCGAAUUUUACAAAAUAAAAUGUAACCUAUUUUCUGAACUGACCAUCGUGGCCUAAUUUCCUUAGUAAUAUUGCUAUUUUUGGAGCUUUCUAUUUAUAAAUUUUAUUGAAUAAGUAUUAUAACUGCCCCACGUAUUUAACAUAAUAUUGUGAACAAUUUAGUUUUUAAAUAAAUAUGUAGUUAUAUUUUUGUGGGAGUGACUAUUUUCCUACAUGAAGAUUCAAUUAAUUUUACUACAAACUUAAAUUAAUUAAGAUGAGACCAGAUUCAAUUAUAUUUAUCAAUUAUUUAAAGUUAGUGUGAAACAGCAGAUUUUUAUAGUAUUUUCAAUUCAGAACAUUUUUGAUACCCAUCUACAGAACUAUAAAUAAGCACAAAGCUUUGGCACAAUUACAUAGUAAUAUGAUAAAGGUGCCUUUGGGGACUAGUAAAGAUUUUAAAUGCUUAUUCCAAUGUAUAAUUAUAAGACACACGUGUAUUUUUGUAUGAAACCUCUCUCUCUUGGCUUGUUCACGAGUACAAUAAUAUAAGUGGAUAUAUUGAAUGUUUGUUUGUGAUAAACUAUAAUGUGUCGUCUAAAGUAUUUUCAAAUGCAGUAUUGUUCUGUGCCGUCCUUUAGCGUUGCCAUAGACACGAUACUAUUAGCUUAGAUUAGGCCGGCUUUACACUUGUAAAUUUUGCUCAUCUAAUCAUCGGCACCAAUCUUGAGCGCUGACCUUCACCUGCGCAGUAGUAAUUUAUUUGAUCCCUUUUGUGGUAUGAAGUGAGGAGCGGAGGCGCGCUAAAGCGGAGAUUGGCCCGCAGCGCAUCGCGUCAUAGCCGUCGCUCGGGAUUGGUUCUUUGCUAAUAAAUCACUUCUGCGCAGAUGAAGGUCAGCGCUCAAGAUUCGUGCCGAUGAUUCUAAUUGAUAAGUCCGUAAGUCGCCUAUAGUAGUUUCCUACAACCUCUUACGACUUAUAGAAGUUACGUAUUUACUAAAGCUACUAACUUACAGGUGUAAAGUCACGGUUUCUUGAAUGUAAAUAUUUGUAAGAAUGUGAAUGGUUACGGACUUGUAUUGCGCACUAUUUUUGUAUGUCAAUUUUAAAUGGUUAACAUGAGUAUACAUUUCCAACUUGUAUUGAUGUUUGGUGCUAAUAUUAGAAGAUAUUAUUUCUUUACUUAAAAUAGACUUUUCUUGCUGCAGUUGAAUGGAAUCGUUUAUUUAUGUAAACGUAACGCACAAUAAACGUUUGAAAUGGAAUUUCACUCUUUUACCAAAUAUUGAAGAAUACAGAAUCUAUAGAAUAGUCAUACGUUUUUUUAUGAAUACCCAAACCAAAUAGUUAUUAACUACAAUUAGUUAUCAAAUGAUUUAAAUACACUUGCACAAAAACUUUUUGAUGUUGAUAUUCGACUAUUUAAUAAUACAAUUUCUUGUAUGUGAUCUCUGUCUACUAUAAUUUCAGACCAAUUAACAUUUAGACGCGUAUUUCGCACAAUACCAUUCAUUAAAUAUAAACUGUACCUUAUUAUUUGAAAAAUGUUGGUAAAUUAUAAUUUUACAAAGGCUUUAGGCGACUCCUGUAGGCCUCCGAUGUAGGUCUACAUCAACUAGGUGCAAUAUUGUGCAAUAAAAAUUUCAUUACGCAAUCUUCAAUCUUAACACAUAGGCAAAAAAUUGCACAAUACGUAGGUAAUGUUGCGCAAUGUGCAGGUAAUGUUGCUCAAUUUAAUUGACCGCCUAAGGAGCGCCUUAGCCAAGUAAUUUUUCCGUCUCUAUCUUGGUAUUGUGACAAACACAGCUUGAAGUAAAUAUUAAGAGCAGCCUAAGACUUUUGUCUAAUUCCUACUUCGUAUGUAUUUAAAUGUAAAGUUGUUUUAAGCGUGAAUAAAACACAUCACGUGCCUUAUUUUGUAAACAAAUGUACAUACAACUAGUUUCUAUGCAUUUACUGUCGAUGUUUUUAAUAAAUGAAAACUUUUUACAAUUGUAUAGUUCUUGUGUUGAGUGUUGUUAUGUAUUGUUAUUGUUUUAGAAUGUUCAUUGAUAUAGUUCUCGCCAAAGUUUAUGGUGGCUUAAAACGAAUUUCCUUACAAAAUUGAAGAUAUUCACACCUUCAUCGCUUGCUGACACUGAUUAAUGGUCCCUUCGCAGCGAUUCACGUGAUAUUCUGAGCCGACACGAAGUUUGGCAGGAACUAUACAUAAUACUUUAGCUAUUAGAAUUCUUAUAGUUUUGCCAUUAUGUAUUAUUUAUGUUUGUUAUGUAUAAAAGGGUGUCUAUGUUGUAAGGAAGAUGUGUAUAGAACUUUCUGGAUGUUAUAAGGCAAUAUACACAAUGGUUGAUGUAAGUCAGGUUUAAAUUUUUAAAAAUAUUGUUUCCCUCGAACUAAAAUACUGCUAAAAAAAGGAAUAAAUAAAAUUAUAGUUAUUGAAUUGGGAGUUUUUAAAUUAUGACAACAGCCCAUGUAAAGUAAGAUUAAAAUAUUGUGUUCAUGUUUUAUAUUUAUUUUCGAAACGAAGAUGAUUGAAAUUGGUGAAAAACUAUUCUAUUUCUUCCUGAAUUUAUUCCUAAUGCCUGGGAAAAGAUGUAAAUGGAGUACAGCUUGAGAUUAUAGUAGGUAUUGCAUUUUGAAAAUGUAUAUUUUAAGUGAAUUCGUUAGAAUAAGUUCCUGUGUUAUUUAUCCUACGUGUACCUACUGUUUUAUUUGCACAAAUACUUUGUUGUAUGAUUUAAGAUUGAUAUGGGAGAUAUGAAAGAUUUAUAAUAAUAAACCGCAUUAUUUUUA